AUGGACAGCAUAAGCACAGCCAUCUUGCUCCCGUUCCUGGCUCUCGUCUGUCUGUUCCUGACCAUCGGCUCAAGGGGCAAAGACCGGCCGCCCCCAGGCCCCAGACCCCUCCCACUCUUGGGAAACUUGCUGCAGCUUCGCUCCCAAAACGUGCUGACCUCCCUCACCAAGCUGAACAAGGAGUUCGGCUCAGUGUACACAGUAUUGGGGCCCAGGCGGGUGGUGGUCCUCAGCAGGUACCAAGCUGUGAAGGAGGCUCUUGUGGACCAGCGGGAGGUGUUCAGUGGCUGCGGCGACUACCCUGUCUUUUUCUUUUCUUUUUUUUUUAAUAUAAAUUUAUUUUAUUUAUUUAUUUUUGGCUGUGUUGGGUCUUCGUUGCUGCACGCAGGCUUUCUCUAGUUGCGGUGAGCGGGGCUACUCUUCGCUGCAGUGCACGGGCUUCUCAUUGCGGUGGCUUCUCUUGUUAUGAGAAAACUGAGACUCAGAGAAGGGAACCCUUCGACCCCGUUUGUGCUGAGCCUCUCGGUGUCCAACAUUAUCUGCUCCGUGAUCUUCGGCACCCGUUUCGACUACGACGAUAAGCGUCUCCUCACCAUUAUCCACCCCAUCAAUGACAACUUCCAAAUCAUGAGCAGCCCCUGGGGAGAGCGGUACAAUAUCUUUCCGAGCCUCCCGGACUGGGUGCCCGGGAUGCACCAACACCUUUUCCAGAACUUCGGACACAUGAAGGACCUCAUCGCCCGCAGCGUCCGUGACCACCAGGCCUCCCUCGACCCAAACUCUCCCCGGGACUUCAUUGAUUGCUUCCUUACCAAGAUGGCACAGGAGAAGCAGGACCCGCUGAGCCACUUCCACAUGGAUACUCUGCUGAUGACCACACACAAUCUGCUCUUUGGAGGCUCCGAGACCGUGGGUACCACGCUGCGCCACGCUUUCCUCGCGCUCAUGAAGUAUCCAAAAGUGCAAGCCCGCGUACAGGAGGAGAUCGACUGCGUGUUGGGACGCGCGUGGCUGCCUGCGCUGGAGGACCGCGCCAUGCCUUACACAGAUGCGGUGAUCCACGAGGUGCAGCGCUUCGCAGACGAUCCCAUGAGCUUUCCACACCGCGUCACUCGGGACACGACUUUUCAAGGCUUCCUGCUACCCAAGGGCAUGGAUAUCAUCACCCUCCUUAAUACAGUCCACUACGACCCCAGCCAAUUUCUGACGCCCCGGGAAUUCAACCCUGAGCAUUUUCUGGAUGCCAAUCAGUCCUUCAAGAAGAGCCCUGCCUUCAUGCCUUUCUCAGCCGGUGAGAGUGGUCAGGGGCAAGAUCCAGUCUUUCUGGCCCACCGGCUGUGCCUGGGCGAGUCGCUGCGGCGCCGGGAGCUCUUCCUCUUCCUCACCGCCAUCCUGCAGAGCUUCUCGCUGGAGCCGCUGGGGGCGCCCGAGGACAUCGACCUGACCCCGUUCAGCUCCGGUCUCUGCAAUUUGCCGCAGCCUUUCCAGCUGUGCCUGAGCUCGCGCUGA